GUCUCAGUCAGUUUGUGAAGCACCGGAGAAGAAGUAGUGACUGCAGUUGUGAAUUUUCACAUUAUUUUGGAAGACAACUCUAUUGUCAGAAAUAUGUUUCUUAGAAGUACUUUCGUGGCGGCUCUUGUAGCCUGCCUGGCAUAUAUACACCUUGGGGACGCCACUGAAGCCACGCCCAAGGUUCAGAUCUACAGUCGUAACGUUGGCGAGCUGGGCAAGCCCAACACCCUGAUCUGCCAUGUGAGUGGCUUCCACCCUCCCAACAUCAAGCUGCAGCUGCUGAAGAACGGGGUGGAGAUUGAGGGAGCCCAGCAGAGCGACCUGGCCUUCCACCAGGGCUGGCACUUCCACCUGACCAAGAGCGUGGCCUUCACCCCCAAGGAGGGAGAGCACUACUCCUGCAAAGUGGAGCACAGCACACUGCAGGGAGCCAAGAGCUUCACCUGGACUCCUGACAUGUGAAGACUGUCCUGAGGUACGGAAGAGACAGAGAGAGACACUUGGGGUCUGGAUCUUCCAGAGGGCAUCUUUUGAUUCUUUAAGAUUCUUUAUUUUUUUCCCCGCCCCCUUAGUUUUAAAUUCGUUUUUUUAGUCUGUAUGAUAUAUAUAAAAAAUAAAAAAGACGACAGAUUUGAGAUUUGUAAAUAAUAAAAAAAACAAUGCUCUGAGGUCGAUAGCUGGGUGUUGGGAGGGUUAGGAGUCCUGCAAAUUUGAGAAUUUAGAUUAUAGAUUUUACAGCGUUUCUAAUUAUUAUAAGUUUUGUUUUCCUCCCCAACUGGACAAAUUGUUCUGUACAUAAUAAAUGUAUAUUAACACCCCUUUAGUAAAAACAGAGCAAAGUGUGAUAAAGCACAGAGAGGUCUGGUAAAACAUAUUAAUGCUACACAUGGCAAAUCAUUGAAAAAAAAUUCUUUAUAACAGGACAACUUGACAAAACAUAAUUUUGCUUUAUCCACAAAGAAAAAAGUGAUUUAUUUUAAGUACAGUGCUGUAGAACAAAAUGUAGAGAGGCAUAAUAUUAUUAUUGUGUGUUAAGGAAUGAUAUUGUCAUCAGAUUCGUGAGAAGACGAAGCAAGGGGUGUUUGUCGUUUGCCUCUCCUGGUGUUGACUGUGUUUAAUUCGUAGUUUAAAUCUUGCAAGAAUAUAAUCAUAGUUUUAGUAAUGUACCGUUUUUGUGUUUCCCUGUUAGCUGUUCUUGUGGGAGUCAACUAAAAUGAUUUGAUGUAAUUUUCUCUUUUUAAAAUAAAAAUAAUCUUAAAAACUUUG